UUGCUUGGCUGCCAGUUGUGACCCUGCCCUGCCAACACACUGCACACGCACACACGCAACAAGCAAGCAGUGGGAUAUUCAGGGUCUGAUCCAUGAAAGUCGCCAUGGCGUAUUCUCGAUGGCCUAUACUACAAUUACUGUUAUGCAGAACAGCCCGGAGAUUCCAAGUUUGCUCCCUCGCUUCGCAAUUGUCUGCAAAGAUGAAAUCGCAGGCGGUCUCUCAGAACACAGCAAAAGCCUAUGCUUCAGAAAUCUCGAACAUGGGGUGUUUGGCCAACGUUUUCCCCAUGGCGGGAAGUGGAAAUUAUCGAGACUUUUCGCCGAUGGCCUCACCACUUGCGCGGCCCCCGUUCUCGCCCACAGACUGGCGCAAGCAAGCCACGAACGACAGUGCCAGAUCAGGAGGCCCGCUCUCGGCCAUGGAGCGAAAUAAGUGGCUCUCGACAGUCGAAGGAGUCAAGGACUGAGGGACUCACUUGCACAGCAUCUUCUGUCGCCCCACGAUCAAGAGUUGUGGGUUCCUGGCGUCGUGUUCUAGUCGGCAGCGCGACUAUCCACAACGCCAUCGCCCGUAUAGUCUAGCGGCAGGAUGACGGGCGACGAUCAUUUUACCAGAGACAGUCCG